CUGCCGUCUCCGACCUGCAAGCCUAAAGAAAAAAGAAAGGAGCUGGUGGUCAGAAACAUGGAGGCUGAUCUUACAUCUUCUGAUGAUCCCCCGGAAUACCACGCCAAGACUGUUGAAUCCGAGGGGGGAGGAGAAGUCCUGAAGGACCACACGUGGCUUCCUUCAAAAGAGCUUUCUAACAAACCUACAGAGCCAGCGGGGACUGACCCGCGUGAGGACGACGAAGCGGUCUCUGGGGAGUCGGGCCUCGAUAAUCCUCAGAACGCGAAGGAGGCGUCCAAGAAGUCGCCGUGUAAACUGCAGCAGGGUGCAAUUUUCUCCGGCAAAAUCCUCAGCUUUUGCUGUUCCGAGUGUAAAGGAGAUACUACUUACAGUCCCAAUGACUUGCUGAAGCAUUUUCAGGGUACCCAUAAGGGGAGCCUUCCCACUUAUCCGUGUGACCUGUGCAGCUUCGUGACCAACGAGUUUGCCGCUCUGCAGCGGCAUCGUAUCGGACACAGGAACACUCUGGUCACCUGCGAAAUCUGUAACGACGGAGUGCAGUACUCUCUGUUGCUACUCACCAGACACUAUAUCAUGUGCCACAGCAGAAAUGGACACUUUCAUUGCGAAAAGUGCGAGUUUUCCACCAGAGACGCGGGGACCUUCGUCCAGCAUAUUCAUCACCACAACGAGAACAGAUACAAAUCGGCGCGAAAAGAUUAUCUCUCCAAACACGUCAGCGCUGUCCACAGCGACGACAUCGACAGAAUGAACAAAUGGAGGUCGAUGGAGGACAGUCCUCGAGUGAGCGCCCCUGGGCUGAAACUGUUGCUUAAGAAGAGUCCUGUAGCAGGGGGAUCCCGGGAACCACAGUGGAUGUCCAAACUGCAUUCCCUCCCUGGGGUGGGUCUUCUGGACCAGAAUGGCAGGCUGCUGAAUCCAGAGAAAACUCUGGAGGAAACGCAGCAGUUUCUUGAACGAGCUGUUGGUGUCAAAAAAGAAAGCAACAAAUGGAACAAGGCGUCUCUCAAGAGUGAGCCACAGUGUUCGUAUCCUGUCGCAUCAGCUGCAACUCACCCCAAAGUACAGGAGAACGACCUGAGUCCCGGGGCUGGACUUCUGAACCCCAGCAACACAAACGGCCUGACUGUUCUCAUGGUCAAAAACAAAAUCUCCAUUCCUCCAAACUGCACUACAAAAGUCAUGGGGUUCAAAAUGGUAGAUGGUAAAAAACAUUUAGUUCUAAAAGUCAUACCAACCAAACAAGAGACUCCCGCUCAGAAUGAAGUGUCACCCACUGAGAACUGUCAUUCAGCCGCUGCUGAUGAUGGAGAAAGAACGACAAACUCCCCUUGCUCUCUCCUGAGUCCAGUGCCUGGGGAACCAAAUAUGUCUGGAACAAGCAGAGAUCUUACCACAACAAUAAAGGUGGAGGCCCCAGAGCUAGAGCCUCACGAUGAGGACCUCUUACCUCUGCAAGAAGAACGUGAUAAAGGUGUAAACAGUAGAAAAUAUUACGACAAGCAGGUUUCUGAUUUAACGAUCAGAGACAUCGAAGAGCCACUUCCCUCCUCAUCAGCCUCUCCUUGCUCUGAUGUUGAUUCCUCCAAGACCAAAGAAUCACAGAUCGCCAUGCACACAAGCAGUCAGCCCAAUGAGAAGUCCCCCCCACACGCUGAAGAGCUUCCAGACACGUAUUCAACUGAAGACGAGAUACAGAGUUCUCAUUCAGUCAGUGCUGAGGCAGUCUCAUUAGAUUCCAGUGUAGCUGAAACCACAUCCUCUGAUUCAGUAGAUUCUCAGGCAGCUCCACUAGAUUUAAAUACAAAUGAUGCCAAAUCCUCACGUUCAGUAGCUAAUGAGACCACACCCUCAAAUUCAGUCGCUAAUGAGACCACACCCUCAGAUUCAGUAGCUAAUGAGACUACACCCCCAGAUUCAAUAAUCAACGAGACCACACCCCCAGAUUCAAUGAUUAAUGCGGCCACACCCACAGAUUCAAUAGUUAAUGAUCUCACACCCACAAAUUCAGUAGUUAAGGAGACUACACUUGCAGAUUCAGAUGCUGCUAUUACUACACCCUCUGAGUCAGUUGAUAGUGAGCUCAUGACAUCAGCAUCAGAUUCAGUUGCUGAGGACAACACACUUGUACAUUCAAUUCCUACAGAAACCAUGCCCUCAAUUUCAGUUCCUUCAGAAACUAUGCCCUCAGAUUCAGUUCCUACGGAAACCAUGGCCUCAGAUUCAGUUCCUACAGAAACCAUGGCCUCAGAUUCAGUUCCUACAGAAACCAUGGCCUCAGAUUCAGUUUCUACAGAAACCAUGCCCUCAGAUUCAGUUGCUGAAGAAACCAUGCCCUCAGAUUCAGGUGCUGAAGAAACCAUGCCUUCAGAUUCUGUUCCUGAAGAAACCAUGCCUUCAGAUUCUGUUCCUGAAGAAACCAUGCCUUCAGAUUCUGUUCCUACAGAAACCAUGCCCUCAGAUUCUGUUCCUACAGAAACCAUGCCCUCAGAUUCUGUUCCUACAGAAACCAUGCCCUCAGAUUCUGUUCCUACAGAAACCAAGCCUUCAGAUUCCAUUGCUGAAGAAAACAUGUCCUCAGAUUCCGUUGCUGAAGAAAACAUGCCCCUGGAUUCCAGUGUUCUUGAGACAACACCUUUAGAUUCAAUUCUGGGAGAUUCCACCGCCUCUGAAGUGUCACCUCAACAUUUGAUUGUGAUUGAGGACACACUCUCAGAGGCAAGCAGGGAUCAAAGAGUCAAAAGUUUGACCUCAGACUCAGCUACAACUGAAACUGCAACCCCUGAUGCUAAUACCCGAGAGACUGCUUCCCCUGAGUCAGCUCCUUAUGGGGAGUCUGACCGUGAAGUCAGUGAGAAUGAGGUGGCUAAUGAUGGCAACGUCUCUCUGGAAAAUACAGACACUCAUGGUGAAGCCGCCUUGACAGCAAACCACUCUCCGGCACCUGCGCCCACUACAGACAGUAAUUCCACUGAAGAUCCUGAUCCAUGUGAAGGCUCCACAAAAAUAGGAGAGUCUUCUGAAAACCAUGUGGAAAAAGUCCCAGCUCUUGAUUCAGUGUCUGAAGAGACGCCUUCCCCGAGUGAAAGUGCAGUAGACACUUUAACUGACAAAUCAGCUGACAAAAUGCCAGACUGUGAUUCGUUGGCUACUAAGAUUUAUCAAGAAAAUUUCAGCUCUACCCACGACUUACCUCCUAAUGGUCCCUCCAACAAGAAUUUAACUGUAGAAGAUGCUGUUGUUGAUGACAGGUUUUCUGGUUUGAUUACAGGUGAAACCACGCAGUCGGAAUCGAUCCCCCAAACCAAUCUAAACUCAAGCGAAUUGUCUGAUUCCAAAGAUAGUAACUCAGAGGUUGAAAAUUCCACUCUGAAUUCCCCAAACCAAGAAGUCUUUAGUUUUCACAAUUAUUCUAAAGAGACCUCCAGUAGCUCACCUGAUUCGCUGCCCCCCGGUGACCAGUCACCACAACUACAGAGUGAGGCAAGCAGUUAUGAAAUGAACGACAUCAAGGUGCCCUCUGACUGGAGCUUAACGCUACCUGCAUCCCCUCCUCCGUCAAAAGAUGAGGAAGUUGGAGAUGGCGAAAAAAGUAACGCAGAAAAUGGUGAUCGUCUCUCAGAUGCUGGUGAUACGUCAAUGGAGAGAGUGUCAGACAGUGACAUUGAGGUUGAUGAAUGUGUAGCUACUGUUGAUGACUCACCCCUUCCCACACUGCCAGAGUCUGAGAAUGCAACUGCAAGUUCUGCAUUAGGCCGAGCAGAGGGAGAGAGCACUGUCUCCUGUGGUGAGAAGGCUACAGGGACCAUGAGUAACGCAGCUGUCUUGGGCAAGAUACUUGAAAAACAUUCAGAUGCCAUCAUUAGCCAGCAGCUGGAGAAAGAGCGACUGGGCUCCUCUGCGGCCUCCUACAAGGCUGUCAGACCCACAAAGACGAUGCUCCGCAUUCUGCAGACGCCCGAGGGGAAGCAGCAGAUGUUCCUUCAGACCUCAAAGACCCCGUAUGCUGUACCUGUCCAGCUGAAAGGUGGCUCAGGAUUCAAGCUGUUAACCAAGUCUUGUGCUUCCAAAAUCAAUGUAUCUUAUGUGAAGCCAGGAAUGGAAAGGCCCGGGAACACCCCAGGGCUCGCACUGACUCUGAACAGUGGCAGGAUUGGACCAUCAGCACAGGGAACAAGUGAAGAAGAGAAUUCUUCACAUCUGGGGUCUCCUCCACAGGGCCCCAGCAGCAGUAGAGGUCACUAUCUGGUCAAUGCCUCUGCCCUUAAAGGGUCUCUGCUCUUGUCUGGCCCUGUGAAGUCUUCAGGAGAACAGGCAACCAACACUCCGCAGACAUGCUACUUAGUUCAGAGACCACUCCCUGCCUCACCGUCUGGUGAAGAGUCAGCUAGUUCAAGCUCUCAGACCCUGCUAACUUCCCAUCCAGUGCUGGCAAUGCCGGUGAACUCUGCGGAUAAAACCGCCUCCAGCCUGCAGACAGGUCGACAAGCCUACCUGGUCAGGUACAUUUCUCCGGCCAAGUCAGGUUUACUGGUGAACAGUUCUGAUGGGAGUGCGGUCAACACAGGCGGCCAGUCAAACGAACCUGGUAGAAACAGAGUUUUUCUCAAGAUUGUCAGAAGUCCUAACGGCACACGGUUUCUCUCAAGCACCCCGUAUUCUCUGUCUAAAAAACCCAUCUACCUGGCCGCUGGUUCUUUACAAAAACCAUGCCUUUUGAUGUCAUCAAAUAAAUCUUUUGUCGGAGGGACCGCGGGCUUGAGAACUUCGGGCUCUCUGCAUGACCCCUCGCAUAAACUGAGUUCAAAAUCGCAGCUUUCUGACAUUUUGUCCCUGUCAGCCAAACAGCUUAGAAACAAGGAUGACCGUGGUGUGGAAAUGCAGAAAUCGCAACUUGUCCCAAGUCAAACUCGUCAGCUGAGCCAAAGGAAGAGGCGGAGGCGGGCCCUGUUUGAGGAGUACCUAGAAACAUCCCCCAAGUCAAGGAGAAUCUCCGGUAAGUCGUCAGCUGAAAAGAACAGUACAUCGCUAUGGGAGCCAGUGGCCAAAGAUGUGGAGAGAACACUGAGGUUGUCUCCCUUCAGUCCACUGCAGCAGGUGAAGUGCCCCCGUUAUAACCAGCCUGUGGUCGUGUUAAACCACCCAGACGCAGACAUACCUGAGGUCGCUAGAAUUAUGAGAUCAGUCAACAGGUACAGGGGUGAAGUUCUCAAAGUAGCGUUGUCCCAAAGUACAGUUAAAGCCCUCUCUAAGCUCAGCCUCAUGGAAGUCCCGAGGUCGCGACCCCACGCUUCGGAGAGUCACAGCUCGAACAGCGGUGGGUUUGCACGAAAACGUCCACUAGAGAGCGCUGUCAGGGAGAGGUUCAUCUUAAAACUGAAGUUAAAAAAGACCAGUAGGAACAGGUAUGAGGUCGUGAAGUCCUCGUCUAACGUUAGUACAGAGCAAACCUCCACGUUCGGCUGUUGGUUCUGUGGCCGAGUGUUCGGUAACCAAGAGGAAUGGAUCGGCCACGGCCAGAGACACCUGAUGGAGGCGACCAGAGACUGGAAUAAGCUUUUUUAA